AUGUUUAAUGGCUGUUUGAGCACCGAGGAAACUCUCGACUUUUCUAGCAAGAAAAAGAAAAAAACCAAGAACCCCGUGCCAGUAGCACCUCCAGAGGAAGAAAAGCCUGCUGAAGCCGUCAACGAGUUGCCCGAUUUCGGAGCGAAAAAGAAGAAGCCGAAGCCAAUUCCAGAGACAACCGAAUCAACCACUGUUGAUAAUGCCGAGACAUUGGAUUUCGGUGCCAAGAAAAAGAAGAAGACUAACGUAGUUGUGACAAUAAACGACGGCGCAACUGCCGCAUCACCUGACGCCGCAGCAGCUGACAAGCUCUCAGACCAGUUGGGUGAUCUGACAUUCGCAGACAAGAAGAAGAAGGCAAAGCGACACAUUGAGGAAUCCGAACUCGCUGCUGCUGCUGGGGGUGAGGGUGCUGCUGCGGCCGCGGAAACGGGUGACGCGCAGCCCUCCACAUACGGCUACCCCUACGAGACUCUCUUGGCGCGCGUCUUUGCUCAAAUUCAAGCCAAAAAUCCCGAGCUCAUGUCCGACCAGAAGCGCCGACUCGUCAUGGCUCCGCCGUGCAUGGCGCGUGUCGGCACGAAAAAAACCCAUUUCACCAACUUCACCAGCAUCUGCCGAUCUCUGGACCGUGAUCCGGCUCACCUCUCGGCCUACAUGUUCGCGGAGUUGGGAACGACUGGCUCCCUCGAUGCCACUGGUGGGCUCCUUAUCAAGGGGAAGUACCAAAGCAAACACAUUGAACCUGUUCUGCGUAAUUACGCUCGCUCUUACGUCCUCUGCAGCACCUGCCAAUCUCCAGAUACGUUUCUCUCGAAGGACUCGCGUCUCCUCUUCCUUCAUUGCCGUCGUUGUGGUUCCAAGAUAACCGUGAAGAACGUCACCUCUGGCUUCCAAGCCGUCACCGGCAAACGCGCUGCCAUCCGAGCCAAGACCUAG